AACACGCAAUUCUCAUCAUCCAGAGUUACAGGAGAGGGCAAGCUCUUCAGCCAAUACCACUUAACUUCCUAAAACUUAUCUUUAUAUGCGUGUGUCAAUAUAUUUAUUACAUAAAUAAAGUUGGAAAAAGACUUUUUGAUUUUACUACCUUGAGUGGAAGAGUGAUCGGCGUCGCAGGAAGACAGAGAUUGAGACCAUGUGGAACUUAAAGAAGGUGAUACUUUGUUUGCCUGUCCUGCUUGCAGUGGCCCUAGCACAAGAUCCCACCGGGGGCAACGUGCAGGUCAGGAAGCGGAGCCAGAGGGGCAGGAACAGGAAUCAGGCCCUCGGGUCACAGACCACAGGGCUGACCGAGUGGACGUCCUGGUUCAACAUCGACCACCCCGGGGGGAACGGAGACUACGAGAGGCUGGAGGCCAUCCGCUUCUACUACCGGGAGAGGGUGUGCACGCGCCCCGUCGCCAUGGAGGCCAGGACCAGCGACUGGGUGAAGGCCGCCGACACCGGGGAGGUGGUGCACUCCAGCCUGGAUAAGGGCUUCUGGUGCAUCAACAACGAGCAGCCAUACGGCCGCCUCUGCUCCAACUACCACGUGCGAUUCCAGUGCCCGCCAGUGCAGGCCUACUGGACGGACUGGACGGCGUGGGGCGCCUGCUCGGCCACGGCCUGCAGCGACGUGGGCAUCCAGGUGCGUGAGAGAAAGUGCGUGAGCAAGGAACCCCAGACCCGCCUGCUCUCGCCACCCUGCGAGGGCCCUCACACCGAGAGGCGGGAGUGCACCACCCCUCCAUGCCGAGCCGAUUGGAGCCCUUGGGGCCCAUGGAGCGUCUGCUCGGUGACCUGUGGCAAGGGCCGAAGGGUCAGGAGGCGGACCUGCCUGAGGUCUUCCGUCAGCGUGCAGUGCGUGGGACAUUCUGCAGAGCUCCAGAAGUGUGGAAAACCCCCCUGCCCAGCGGUGUGCCAGCGAGUGUGCUCUGAGGGCCGCCCCAGCGAUGAUUGCAGCCGCUGCGUGUGUAAGGGUCACCUGCUGCGUGGCGAGGUGAAGGGAACGACCGGCGUGCCCGUGUCCGGAGCCCGGAUCACCCUGGACAGCCAGCCCAAGCUCGUCCUCGCCCAAACCGACGCCAGGGGUCUCUUCACUGUCCCGGGGGUGUGCUCCGGCACUCCGACCCUGGUCUCCAUUCAGAGGGAGAAGUUUUCCCCCGUCGCCGUGACAACAUCCAGCAACAGCACCGGAACAUCCUGGGUCCGGGUGGUCAUGAAGUCAUCCGAGAAGCCGUACAUGGAGAAGCACCCGGAGGACAAGGUGCGGUAUGAAGGGCAGCGCGCGGCGCUAUGCUGCAAGGCCACCGGGACGCCGGUCCCCGACAAAUACUACUGGUACCACAAUGGAACGCUGCUGGAUCGCAGCAUGUACAAGUAUGCAGAAGACCUUAUUCUGAGAGACCUGAAGCCAGGGCAGACCGGACAGUACCACUGCAAGGCCACCAGCGAGGCAGGGAGCAUUAAGUCCUCUCCAGCUUUUGUCACCGUACUUGCUAAAGGCACACCUGCCUGCGUACCCACCCCCGAAAGUCACCUAGUCAAGCUGCCAAUAGACUGCGUGCAGCCAGGAACUAACUCCAGGUUCUAUGAUGCUGGGAGCUGCCCCCAUAACAAGUGUGUGGGAUCGCUGGACUAUGACCUGCGCUGCAGAGACGGCAGCAGCUUUUGCUGUGGGGUGAAGCGCCUGGAAACCCGGGAGAUCAACUGCGGCAGCUACAUCCUGCCGAUUCGUGCCGUUACCGAGUGCGGCUGCCAGAAAUGUGUGGAGCCCAAGGUGCUGGUGCGGGGCAGGGUGGUCGCCGCGGACAACGGGGAGCCCCUGCGCUUUGGCCACAUCUACAUUGGGAAAGAGAGGGUGGGCACCACCGGGUACCAGGGGAGCUUCACCGUCCAGGUGUCCCCCGACACCGAGAGGCUGGUGGUGAACUUUGUGGACCGGCUGGAGAAGUUCAUCGACACCGUCAAGGUUUUCAUCUUCGAUAGAAAGGGGGGUGCUGUCUACCAUGAUGUGAAGGUGAUGCGGAAACAGGAACCUGUUGACAUCAACUCAGCCGAGACUAACACAAUCUACCUGGGAGAGAUCAAAGAUGAGGAUCCCAUUGGCCAGAUAGUCAUACCUCCGAAUUCGUUUCACAAGAACAGCGGGGAGGUUUACGAGGGCACUGUAAAAGCCAGCGUUACUUUCCUUGACCCCAGGAACAUCACCACAGCACCUGCUGCACCAGGAGACCUCAACUUUGUCAACAAUGAAGGAGAUAUGUUUCCGCUCAGGACCUAUGGGAUGUUUUCUGUUGACUUCAGAGACGAAAGCAACCAGGAAGCCCUUGGGGCUGGGGCUGUACAGGUGCUUCUGGACACCGAGCAUGUUAAAAUGCCAGAGCACAUUCCUAAGAUGAAGCUGUGGUCCUUGAACCCGGAAACAGGCAUCUGGGAGGAAGAGAGUGACUUUCACUACACUCAGGCCACUGGUGGCGGGAAUGGAAGAAGCAAGCGGGAGGAGCGCACUUUCCUCAUUGGGAACAUGGAAAUCAGGGAGCGUAGACUGUUCAACCUGGAUGUGCCGGAAAACCGCCGCUGCUACGUCAAGGUACGGGCAUACAUGAGUGACAAAUUUCUGCCCAAUGAGCAGCUUGAAGGAGUUGUCAUAAACCUCAUCAAUCUGGAGCCCAAGCCUGGAUACUCUGCUAAUCCAAGGGCGUGGGGCCGAUUUGACAGUGUGAUCACUGGACAAAAUGGGGCCUGCUUGCCAGCCUUCUGUGAUGCUCAGAGACCUGAUGCUUACACAGCCUAUGUUACAGCUAUAAUGGGAGGAGAAGAACUAGAAGCAGCUCCCUCAGCCCCCAAAAUGAAUCCCAAUAUCAUUGGAGUAACCCAGACAUGCCUGAAGAAAAUAGAUUACAGGCGAUCAGACCACGAGGAUCCUGCUCUCAAGAAAACUGCUUUCAAAAUAAAUUUGCCAAAGCCUAAUCCGAAUAAUUUUGAUGAAACAAAUGGGCCAAUAUACCCCUAUCAGAGUUUAAUAGCCUGUGAAAAUGCACCCAUCGAUGCCAAUCACUUCCGUUUCUUUCGGGUGGAGAAGGACAAGUAUGAGUACAAUGUGGUUCCGUUUGAGGAGAGUGACUUGACAACAUGGACUGGCGACUACCUUGCUUGGUGGCCAAAUCCCCAGGAAUUCCGAGCUUGUUACAUCAAGGUGAAGAUUAACGGGCCCAACGAGGUCAUGGUGAGGUCACGGAACUUUGGCGGCUCUCACCCUGCGACGAGAGGCCAGCUCUAUGGCAUCAGGGACAUCCGCAGCACCCGAGACAUGCAUGUGGCUAACACCUCCGCCGCAUGCCUGGAAUUUAAGUGCAGCGGAAUGCUUUUUGAUCAAGACAUUGUUGACAGGUCGCUCAUCACAGUUCUCCCCCAGGGCAACUGCCGACGAGCAGGCGUCAACAACCUCUUGCAGGAGUACCUCACUAAGCACCCUCCCGUUGUGCAGAACAACGAAAGCUUUGCCUUCAACAUGCUGGCCCCUGUUGACCCGCUCGGUCACAACUACGGUAUCUACACAGUCACAGACCAGAACCCCCGAGUGGCCAAGGAGAUUGCGAUCGGGCGCUGCUUUGAUGGUACCUCAGACGGAUUCUCCCGGGAGAUGAAGCCUGAUUCUGGGGUGGCGUUGACUUUCGCCUGCCCAGAGAGGCCGGUGACUCGGGAAAGCCUUUUCCAGCGCUUGCAGACCAACCCUGCCCAAACUCUGGCUCAGGUGGCUCAGGACAUGAGAGAGGCAGGAGGGGUGCAGGUCAGCAGAGGGGAGCCCCGAGUGGUCGCCUACCCUUCAAGUCAGCAGAGCCGAACCCAGAGUCGCAGGACCAGCAGUACUUCCAGCAGAAGGAGAACUCAAACCAGGACACAGCUUCCUCAGUAGAAUUAUUGUUCGAAAAAAAUACUUUGUCCAUAAGGGAUAAGUAUGGUGACGAAGGUGAAGAUGAAGAUGUCCUCACAAAAAUGAAAGAUAGAGAUCCCAAGCUCAAACGACUUGGUGACGUUGGACAUGAAUGCUUUCCCGACAUCCACUGAGAAUGUGUCUCCCUGAAAACAGAGCCAAAAGACUCAAAAGCAAUGCUACUAUUACCAUCACAUACCCAUCAUGUACAGAGCAAAACAGAUUAAUUUGGAUCACAUUGCAUUGAGUCAAAAGAUCAGUUUACAGAGUGGACACAACUACUAGUUUAUGAGAUUCAUGAUUUCUAUUCAUUAUAUAAACUGCAUUCCAGAUUCUUACAUAUUUUCCCACACAAGAUAUAAUACUUUCCUUAGAAGGCCUCAUGAAAUUUAAAAGAACAUAAGCUCCAUGUUGAAACACGUCUGCCAUCACAGUAGCAGGGCAUCCGCUACAAAAGCGUGAAACCUGUCGUCCUGCUAAAGAAAGACGUAUUAUUAGAGUGUACGGAGUCAGGAUGAGAUGCAUCUUUGAUCCCAUUUUAAAUGUACGUGCUAACAGUGCCGACUGGAAUACAGCCAACCCUAACUCUGACAGCAAUGUGCAAUCGGGCUUUUUCAGAGACAAGUAUCCCUUAACAAAAUGGAUCUCACUAGUAGACUAAACAGAUGCAGGGGUAUGAAAGACCUGGGACUGAAAGUAGCUUGUGAGAGGAAACACAUUUCCCUUAAUCCUGAGCCCCAUUUUGACCUUAACUUGGAUCAGUCCUACAUUUUCUCUGUAGAGAAAUCUUGUGAAUUGUAUCAUGGAGAAUUAGCUAGACUAAUCAUAAUGCUUACUUGACUGUAUAUUGUUUUUGUUGGUGUCUUUGUCACUUGAAGUGCAAUAGUAUUGUUAAUGUUGACUUGAGUGCCCUGACAAAAAUGUCCAAAAGGGCAGACUAAUUUAUUAUAGGAUCCUAUAUCAAAUUGGCUACUUCCCAUAAUGAACUGAGCUAACCUCUAGUACAUAUGAGCUUUGUAAGAUUCACAUGUAAUUUGGAUGAGUUCCUGUACAUGACAACCAACAAGUAAAACACACAUAACUUUGCAGAGAACAUUUUUUACAUUAGGUCAAUAACCUCCACAUUUUUAAUUGCAUAAUGGUACUGCAUGCAGUACAUACGAAAAACAAUAUUUAUCUACAUAUAGUUUUGCUUCCUCCCAAUAAUGUUCCAUAUCUGUCAUUCACUGUUCUUGCUGAUGUAUUCUUAAGAUGAUAUUACAUGUGAUAUCUUAAUGUUACAACUCUAACAGAAAUUACUGACGUCCUGACUAACUCCUUGGUAUGAUUUGACCAUUUUGUUUAUUUUAAAUAACACAACUCAGAAAAUGACCUUCAAUUGCCCCAGUUUCCCUUGAGUGCAUAAGAGUCUCGGAAGGUAUUUUGCCGCAGCAGUGGUGACUGAUGGACCUUAUCAAUUAAAUCAGAGUAUGUUUACAGAGUUCAGAGGGGCAACUCUAAACGUCGAUUUCUCAUCUUCACAGUGAGUACUUCAGUUCCGUUAAGAAAAUAAGACCUUUGGAUUGCUUUAGAGUUUGACCAAAACUUUAAUGGAAAACACUUUUUUUCGGAUAUACAUUUCAAGAUGAAAAAAGUCAGACUAGUUUUCUUUCACUUUUUCUAUUUACAAUAAUUUAAAGAUUCAAGGCUUAUUUAAGUCUCUGUAAUUAUGAUUGAGUUCAUCCCCAUCACUCUUUGGUUGAACUGUACAUUAUAUGCCAAUGAAAUGGUCCUGAAGAUCCAACUUUCUUUUUGUCUGUGUAUAAUUUGAAAUAUGAAAUAUACACACCCUGAUAGUGAUUGCUUUCGCUGUGUGUGGUGAUUCUGAAUUUAUUCAUAAUAAAACUUGAAUGCUAUUCACGCCUAAUCAACCCGAAUAUAUUAUUCACAUGUAAUACGUAUAUAUCUAUACAAUCAAGACUUUUCUCCGCAAGUCUUCAAACAUAGAGGAUUUCAAAGGCAAGCCAUAGAAGAGCUUCUAGGCUGUUGCCAUGCAGGACCGGAGUUAAGUCACAAUUUGGCUAUUGAUGUUGAUUCUGCUGUUAACAGACGCGUUAGCAUCUGUCUUCUCCACUGCUGUCUGGCAAAUCUCUCGGAGACUUUAACUUAUUUCAGGACAUCCUCAAAAAAAUCAUAUUUAGGUUUUUUUUUUUUUUUUUUUAAAUAACCAUGACCAUUCUCUUGGAUAGUUGUGUGGUUUCCAUUUCACUAUGAAAAAAUAAAUCUGAAUAUAAAUAUAAAACAAAUCCUCAUAUCUCCGCCGAAAUCAUUAUGUAACAUGUAUUGCAUGACUUAUCUCGCCUUUUUAAUAUUUUUGUGCCGAUUUAUGUGUACAUUGUGUAUUGAAGGGACAUUAUUAAAAUGUUUUUGAGGUGCUGUAAAUAAACCUGUUGUAAACUUGA